GCCCUGCGCUCCCGCACAGGGCGUGGGAAGCAGCUCCAGCAGGCGGGGCGCCCGGGGGCCGGGAGCGCGCCCACGUGCGGCCGCGCCGCGGCUCCGGCGGCUCCACGCAGCGCGCAAGGUGGAUGAGAGGAUGUAGCAGAGCGACCACCGCGGCCACACCCGCCACGAGCUUGGCCUGGACACCCGGCCCAGUCUGAGCACACUGCCUGGGACGUCCCUCCGACCACCAGCCUCACCAUGUCCAAGAAGGGUGCCAGCGGCCGGACCAGGAGUGACAGAGGAGAGGCGCUGGCCGCGCUGCAGGCCGCCAACGAGGAGCUACGUGCCAAGCUCACGGACACCCAGAUCGAGCUGCAGCAGGAGAAGGGCAAGGUGAGCAAGGUGGAGCGGGAGAAAAACCAGGAGCUGCGGCAGGUGCGCGAGCAUGAGCAGCACAAGAGUGCGGUGCUGCUCACGGAGCUCAAAGCCAAGCUGCACGAGGACAAGAUGAAGGAGCUGCAGGCUGUGCGUGAGGCCCUGCUGCGGCAGCAUGAGGCCGAGCUGCUGCGCGUCAUCAAGAUCAAGGACAACGAGAACCAGCGGCUGCAGGCGCUGCUGCACGCACUGCGGGACGGCGCGCCCGACAAGGUCAAGACCGUGCUGCUGUGUGAGGCCAAGGAGGAAGCCAAAAAGGGCUUCGAGGUGGAGAAGGUGAAGAUGCAGCAGGAGAUCUCCGAGCUCAAGGGGGCCAAGAAGCAGGUGGAGGAGGCGCUGACGCUGGUCAUCCAGGCUGACAAGAUCAAGGCCGCCGAGAUCCGCAGCGUGUACCACCUGCACCAGGAGGAGAUCAGCCGCAUCAAGAAAGAGUGUGAGCGUGAGAUCCGCCGCCUGAUGGAGGAGAUAAAAUUUAAAGACAGAGCAGUCUUCGUGCUGGAGAGAGAGUUAGGGGCACAAGCCGGGCACGCGCAGAGGCUGCAGCUGCAGAAGGAGGCUUUAGAUGAGCGGCUGUCGCAGGUCCGUGAGGCCGAGCGGCACACAGGCAGCCCCAGACGGGACCUUCCUCAUGCAAGCGGUGCAGGAGACGCCUCAGACCGCCCGGGAAGCCCUGAACAGCAGUUGGAUGAAAAGGAUGCCCGACGAUUCCAACUCAAAAUCGCUGAGCUGAGCGCAAUCGUGCGCAAGCUGGAGGACCGCAACGCCUUGCUGUCAGAAGAGAGGAACGAGCUGUUGAAGCGCCUGCGAGAAGCCGAGAGUCAGUACAAGCCGCUGCUGGAUAAAAACAAGCGCCUGACUCGGAAAAACGAGGAUCUGUCGCACACUCUGCGGCGAGUGGAGAACAAGCUGAAGUUCAUCACCCAGGAGAACACAGCGAUGAGGCAGCAAGCCGGCAUCAUCCGCAGGCCCAGCUCCCUGAACGACCUGGACCAAAGUCAGGAUGAGAGAGAGAUCGACUUCCUCAAAGUGCAGCUCGCCGAGCAGCAGAGCCUUAUCGAUGAGCUCUCCAAGACCCUCGAGACUGCUGGCUACGUGAAGAGCGUGCUGGAACGUGACAAACUCCUGCGAUUACGGAAGCAGAGGAAGAAGAUGGCGAAGCUCCCCAAGCCCGUUGUCGUGGAGACCUUCUUUGGCUAUGAUGAAGAGGCGUCGCUGGAGUCGGAUGGCUCCUCCAUCUCUUACCACACAGACAGGACAGACCAGACCCCGUGCACCCCGGACGACGACCUGGAGGAGGGCGUGGCCAAGGAGGAGACGGAGCUGCGCUUCCGGCAGCUGACCAUGGAGUACCAGGCACUGCAGAGAGCGUAUGCGUUGCUGCAGGAGCAGGUCGGCGGGACGCUGGAUGCAGAACGAGAAGUUAAGACCCGUGAGCAGCUGCAGGCCGACAUGCAGAGGGCACAGGCGCGGGUGGAGGACCUGGAGAAGGCACUGGCAGAGCAGGGGCAGGACAUGAAGUGGAUUGAAGAGAAGCAAGCACUGUAUCGAAGGAAUCAAGAGCUGGUGGAAAAGAUUAAACACAUGGAAGUGGAGGAGGCUCGGCUAAAGCAUGAGGUCCAGGACGCCAAAGACCAGAAUGAGCUACUGGAGUUCAGGGUCCUGGAGCUGGAGGAGCGGGAAAGGAAGUCUCCCGCCAUCACCCUCCACCACACGCCCUUUGUGGACGGGAAGAGCCCACUACAGGUGUACUGUGAAGCCGAAGGUGUGACGGACAUAGUAGUCCCGGAGCUGAUGAAGAAGCUGGACAUUCUGGGGGAUAACGCCAAUCUGACCAACGAGGAGCAGGUGGUUGUCAUUCAAGCUAGGACAGUCCUGACCUUGGCUGAAAAGUGGCUCCAGCAGAUCGAGGAGACGGAGAUGGCACUGCAGCGGAAGAUGGUGGACCUGGAGCAGGAGAAGGAGCUGUUUAGCAAACAGAAGGGUUACCUGGAUGAGGAGCUGGACUACAGGAAGCAGUCAUUGGACCAAGCCCACAAGCACAUCCUGGAGCUGGAAGCCAUGCUGUAUGACGCCCUGCAGCAGGAGGCAGGAGCCAAGGUGGCCACGCUGCUGACCGAGGAGGAGUGCGAGAAGCUCAAGGUGGCCGUGGAGCAGUGGAAGCGCCAGGUCAUGAGUGAGCUGCGUGAGCGGGACGCGCAGAUCCUGCGGGAGCGCAUGGAGCUGCUACAGCUGGCACAGCAGAGAGUCAAAGAGUUAGAAGAAAGAAUAGAAACUCAGAAGAGGCAGAUAAAAGAGCUGGAAGAAAAGCUUUCAUUCUCUGGUCCUAGCUCGUCCUGGUGCCCCAAGGCGCCUGCAGAAGAGCCAGCCGCCCUGUCCACAGUGGCACCAGAGAGCAGAGGCCACUGGCUGUGGAGCACAACCUUGCCUCUAGACCCUGUCGUCCCGAGAGGAUUUGAUCUCUGUGGAUCUGCGUCACAGUGGUCACAGUACCUGGAGCAGUGCCGAGGGCUGUCCCCUUGGAAUGAGCUGGAACCAGGACUCAUUGGGUGCACCGGAGCUUUCCUGGGAGAGGCUGGGCUUCUGCUACUGGGCUCCAGGGUGCCCCUCUGGGCAGACAGCCCCCCUCCUGCACUUGGGGGAGUGGCUCUCCCUGCCUGAGCCCUGGCUGGCCCUGCCCUCUUGGUACACGCAGUAACUGCCACCUGUGUCGGAGACGGCAUGGGCUCCCCCUUGGUGGCAAGAUGAAGGCUGUACCCUCAGAGGCAACCCUGCUCAGGGGACCCCUGAGACCUCCCUGUGACCCUGUGGUUACAUGAUGACUCUGUGACACACCUGCUGGGGUCCCAGGCACCGAGUGACAGGUGGGCUGCACACCCCUCCUGUCCCAUCGUGUCAUCAUCACCACGGUCAGGCUAGAGCCAUGCCCACACUGCUUUCCUCACCUCCUCCCACCGUGGA